AGAAGACAAUGUUUUCCUCUGCACUUCCGGGUUGUCACAUUUGAAGCAGUCUGGUCACUUAUUAAAGGUCAUUCACAAAAAUGCUCGAUGAAAACACUUUUAAAAGUGUCAUGCGUUCAAGAAAAGCGGACAUGAUUCACAUAGAACCGAACAUUUGAGUUAAACUGCAGCUAAUCUGAUGGAGAUGGGGAGACUUUUGUCCAAGCUUACAGAAAAACACGUCCUCCUGUUCACGACGUCCUUUCUAAUCCGGCUGGUUCUGGUCGCUUAUGGAGACUACCAGGACAGGAACAUGGUGGUGAAGUUCACCGACAUCGACUAUCACGUGUUUACAGAUGCUGCCAGGUUCAUCACUCAGGGCGAGUCUCCGUACAACCGCUCUACCUACCGCUACACUCCUCUUCUGGCCUGGCUUCUCACCUCAAACAUCUACCUAACCCUGGUGUUUGGUAAGAUGCUUUUCAUCUUGUGUGAUGCGCUGUCAGGAGUGCUCAUCUACAAAAUCCUUUGCAUGCAAGGUCUAGACUGCAAGAGUGCAAGCAAAAUUUCAUCUUUGUGGCUUUUAAACCCUCUUCCUAUGGGUGUGUCCAGUCGAGGGAAUGCCGAGUCCAUCCUGUCUGCUCUGGUGCUCGGGACGUUGCUCUGUAUGGAAGCCAAGCAUCUGGCAUGUGCAGCUGUGCUUUAUGGCUUGUCUGUCCAUAUGAAGAUCUAUCCUGUUACAUAUGCCCUGCCCAUCGCUCUGGCUCUGCGAGCACCAGAGGGCAGAAGAGAGGAAGGCAAACAAAAGCAAACAUGGAAGAAGUGGGUCACCUUUAUUGGAAGUUUCCUCAACUAUGAGCUGAUCCUCUUUGUGAGUGUGGCCGGAGCGGUCUUUUUCACACUCACAGGACUCUUCUACUACAUGUAUGGCUGGCAGUUUCUUCAUGAGACAUACUUCUACCAUCUGACCAGAAGAGACAUCAGACACAACUUCUCCCCCUACUUCUACAUGCUCUACCUCACUGCAGACAGCAGGGGGAGCCAGUGGCUUGGCCUGGCAGCCUUUCUGCCUCAGCUCAUCCUGCUGUUAGUAGCAUCAUGGGCCUUCCAUCGUCACCUGGCCUUCGCCUGUUUCCUUAAUACAGCCAUUUUUGUUUCCUUCAACAAAGUCUGCACUUCACAGUACUUUCUGUGGUAUCUUUGCUUACUUCCUCUGGUCAUCCCACACCUGAGUCUGUCUGGGAAACGGGGUUCAGGCCUGCUGCUCCUCUGGUUUGCUGGACAGGGUAUCUGGUUGGCUCCGGCCUACUUCCUGGAGUUUGAAGACUACAACACAUUCUUCCUGAUCUGGAUGGCGGGAUUAUUGUUCUUAGUCAUCAACUGCUUCAUCCUGGUUCAGAUCAUAAGCCACUACAGACACACACCGCAUGCACAGAGACUUAAAACAGAGUGACUCUAGUUUUCUCACUGCUGCUUGUUCGGCUUUCAUUGUGAAACUCCGACAGAUUACAGAUGCAUCUACUCAAAAGCUCUCUCUUUUACUCACUUUCUCCUUUCAGUUUUUAGACUUCCUGCUCCGUAAUCUAAAGAGAUGAGUUGUAAAGUAAAUUGUGGGGGAUUAUAUUUAAGCCGUUUGGAUUAAAUGUUUGUCCAGUCAGACCACCGGUAACUUCUCUUGUGCUACUCUCUUGAGACUUUCAGUUUGUUUUUAACUCUAAUAAACUUGUUGUAAAUCAGAGAAAGUCCCCAGAUGGGUUUGUUUAGAUGUUCUGAUUCUGCUACAAGCUUCAUCAGUUUUCCUGUGCUGUUUUAUUAUCAAAUGAUUAAAAACCUUUUGUCUUCUUUUA